ACUACUGCAGCAAAUAACACCCAUCAAAACAAAAAGCAAAACCCUCCCAAUUAUCAAAUAUGUCAGCCCCAACAUUUAUUUUCUCAAUCCUCCUUUUUCAACUCCUCUUUGCCUCACAGCCAUGCCACCUUAUCCUCACCUCCGCAGCCGACGACCAGUGGCAACUUCUACAAAAAAACAUUGGCGUCUCGGCCAUGCACAUGCAACUCCUUAGAAACGACCGUGUUGUUAUGUUUGACAGAACAGAUUUUGGCCCAUCAAAUCUGUCGUUGCCAAAUGGAAAAUGCCGCAAUGACUCAUCUGACAUAGCUCUCAAAGUAGAUUGCACAGCUCAUUCAGUUGAGUACGAUGUUUUUACCAAUACGUUCAGGGCUCUUAUGGUCCAAACCGACGUUUGGUGCUCUUCUGGGGCCAUCAUGCCUGAUGGUAAUUUGGUCCAAACCGGUGGUUUCAAUGACGGUGAACGUAAGGUCAGGGUUUUUAGACCAUGCAGUACCUGCGAUUGGCAAGAAAUACCAAAUGGAUUGGCAGUCAAAAGAUGGUAUGCCACCAACCAUAUCUUGCCAGAUGGAAGGCAAAUUAUUGUCGGUGGUCGCAAACAAUUUAACUACGAGUUUGUUCCUAAAAACAUUGCCGCCAACACAUUCAAUUUGCCUUUCUUGUCAGAAACCAAUGAGAGAGGAGUGGAGAAUAAUCUUUACCCUUUUGUUUUCCUUAAUGUUGAUGGAAACUUAUUUAUUUUCGCUAACAAUCGAGCUAUUUUGCUUGAUUAUGUGAACGAUAAAGUUGUGAAGACGUAUCCCACAAUCCCAGGUGGCGAUCCUAGAAGCUAUCCAAGCACUGGUUCGGCUGUCUUGCUUCCAUUGAACUUGAAAGCGGCAGCUAUUCAAGCUGAAGUUUUGGUUUGUGGGGGUGCUCCAAAAGGAUCUUAUAUCCGAGCCUUAAGAGGCAGGUUCAUUGGAGCCUUGAACACUUGCGCUAGGAUCACAAUAACCGACCCCAACCCACAGUGGGUCAUGGAGACUAUGCCUUUAGCUAGAGUUAUGGGUGACAUGAUAUUGCUUCCAAACGGCAAAGUUUUGCUCAUCAACGGGGCAGGUUCCGGAUCAGCAGGAUGGAAAUUGAGUAGGAACCCGGUUUUGAGUCCAGUGUUGUACCUGCCUGAUAACGAAAAUGGGUCACGGUUCGAGACACAAAACCCAACAACAAUUCCUCGGCUGUACCACUCCACAGCAGCAUUACUUCGUGAUGGCAGAGUUUUAGUUGGUGGAAGCAAUCCUAACCCGUUGUACAAUUUUACUGGAGUCCUUUUCCCUACCGAACUAAGCUUAGAGGCAUUCUCUCCAGGAUAUUUGGACGUCAAAUUCAACAAUUUGCGACCCACAAUCGUUGCUUCAAACUCAAUGUCCAUGAUCGGAUACGGGAAAAAUGUAACAGUUCAAGUGGUGAUUACAGAUAAAGUAGUUCAAAACUUGGUGUCCGUAACAAUGGUGCAACCAGCCUUCUGUACACAUUCGUUCUCUAUGAAUCAAAGGUUGCUUGUACUUGGAAAUGACAAAGUAACCGCUUUGGGGAAAUCAACGUAUAACAUUGAGUUCACGACGCCAGGUUCGGGUAAUCUUGCGCCAGCAGGGUUUUAUCUUUUAUUUGUGGUCCAUCAAGACAUUCCCAGCCAAGGCAUUUGGGUCAAGUUGAAGUAAAGAAAAAGAAAAAAAAAAAAAAAAACGAUUCAUCCAAAUAUCUAAAAUAAA